CUGUGACAGAGAGAACCGCACAGUUCAUUGCAGCUGCAUUACCUUGUAUCACACCCUUCAGCAUCUUUAACAGUGGAUUUUUUUGUUUGGAAGUAUGAUAUCAAGAUUGGUCUUUCUCCUUUUCUGUGGACAUUUUGCACAAAUCCUUGGAAAUGCUGGGAAAUUGCCAAGAGUUAAAAAACAAAGCCUGAAAGUUCAGAUCAAUGUAACCAGUGAUGCAGUGUGCAUGAGAUACAUUCGUCCAACUCCAAGCACUAAACUGGAAGGUUUCGUCCUGGGGUAUGGAAGCAACUUCUUCUCUAACCAAUAUAUUCCCCUACCAUCUAAUGGGAAAAUGUACAUGACUGAAAUUGAUGCAGAGCCAAGAUACUUGAUUGUGGUGAGACCAGUUUCCAAUAAGAAAUUCUGCUCAGGUAAAACAAAGACACCCAAACCCCUUCAGCUGGUAAUAGGCACUUUAACUCCAACAUCUGUCUUCCUCUCCUGGGGCAUAUUAGUCAAUCCAAAGCAUGAUUGGACCACAAUGAAUAACUGUCCAAAUGACAGAUUUUAUACAGUGCGCUACAGAGAAAAGGACAAGAAUAAGAAAUGGAUCCUACAGCUUUGUCCAACUACAGAAACAGUGGUGGAUAAUUUGAAACCCAACACUAUUUAUGAAUUUGGAGUGAAAGACAAUACAGAUGAUGGGAUCUGGAGUAAGAAUUUCAUUCACAAAGUGAUUAUAUCUGGUAAAAACAAAGAAAAUGGAGACCUCCAGAACAACUACAAAAUCCAUAGACAGUUUAUACCAGAUUCAAAAACUUUUGUUCCAGUUAAAGUAAUCAAACAAGUUCUUCAAAAUAUUACACAUCGGACACAGUCUGAAAUUCUACAUAAAGGAAACUCUCCUUUAUCAGGACCAAUAUUAGUGCACCUUAUUGUUCCUGAUUUCAAUGCAACAAAACAGAAACCUCCAUCUUCCUCAGGGUUGGAUAUAUUUGAAAAACCAAAACAAAGUGUAGGAUUGCAUAAAGCAUUCUUGCUUUAUGCAGCUAAGAACAAAGCUCAAGAAUGGAUCCCAAAAUCAAACACAUCAGAAGUCAAAGAAAUUGCCCCACAAUCCCAGAUUGCUAUGGCUGAACAAGAUUUGGAAAGGAGUAAACCUACAGCUUCUGAUGUUCCAAAAGAUUCUGCAGUCAGUCAAGCUCACACCGAAAGUGAACUGGAAUCUUCAAAACCUAGCAAAGUUCCUAUGACUGAAAUGCCACCUGUCACAUUGGAUCUUCACAAGUUUCUAGGACUUCCAAAAACAAGACCAUCUCCUAGGCCUCAAAUGCCCACAGAACCAUCAGUUUCAAAGAAAAUGCAGCCAGUUCCUUUAGAACCCAAAACACCUGUUCCAAAGACUAUACAGACAAAAGCAGCAGUAACAAAUGAACCCACUUUGGAAUCUUUCCCAUCCAAAACAUCUAAAACUCUUGACUGGCCAAGGGCAACCCUAGUGCCUACUCUACCAGCUGUGAAGCAAAACAUACCCAAAACAUCUAGGAUUACUGAAAAACUAGAAGCAUCUCCAGCAGUUACCAACAAAUUGGUUCCACUUCCUGCUACAACAAAGAUAUCUGUCACUGAUGGACAUCCAGUGACAACAAUGGCUUCAAAAGAAAUAAACCCAGUUCCAUCAAAGUCUAAAGAAUUCGACUAUACCAAGCCAGAAGAACCAGACAGGAAAUUUGUUUCAACUGACGAUGAUAAUUAUCUUCCUAACCUCUUGACUACGCCAGAAUUUCCAAUUACCAAACCUGUUUCAGCUAAAGAUAAUUAUCUCCCUAAAGUUUUCAUCACAUCAGAACCACCAAUCACCAAACCUGUUUUAACUGAGGACGAUAAUUAUCUUCCUAAAGUCUUGAGCACGCCAGAUCUUCCAGUUACCAAAUCUGAUUCUUAUAAAACAAGCCGGGUUCCGCCAAAGUAUAAAGAGACCGACUACAUCAUGCCCAUAGUACCAGAUGUGAAACAUGGUAGAGUGACUUUUUUUUAACAUCCUUCUUUAUACCUCUAGAACUUAUCCAGUAUAUUCAUUUCUGAAAGAAUCAUGA